AUGAGGUAUAUAAAUAGUGUAAACAUUGUAUAGAAUCUAAAUCUACAAAAACUUUUGAAUAAUCCAACUAUUGAUAACCUCUAGAUUAUAUAUUCCAAAUUAUAGCAGUUAUAAUAUUUUAAUUCCUUUAUUGAAAAGAAUCUUUAAGGAACAUAAAGGGAGAGUCUAUUAUAUGUAUAUAAAAUACCUAUAUUAGUUAUGUGGCAAAUUUAGAAUGGAACAUUUCAAAGGUGGAGAAUUAAUAUUCAAAGAGGGAGACAAGUCAAACGAUAAAUUAUAUAUAAUAUUUAAUGGUAAAGUUGUAUUGAUGAAGGCUAGACCCUAAACUUUUUCAAAUAAUUUGCAAAUUCUAAAAAUUUUGCUGAUAAAAUGAAAGGAAAUAUAGGACAAGGUUAAAC